AUGACCUUCCUCGAGUUAGAUGGGAAUUCGAUAGUUGGGGAUCUGUCAAACGUGUUGUUGAACUCUACAUACAUAGAUAUGUCAUCAAAUCACUUGAAAGGUGGCCUGCCUCGAUUAUCAUCAAAUGUGGCCUUUUUGGAUAUAUCAAACAACUCGUUAUCAGGAUCCAUUUCUCCUCUCCUGUGUGAUCGUAAGAUGCUGCUGAAUGGGAAAAGCAAUUUGGUGUACUUGGACUUAUCUCAUAAUCGUCUCUCUGGAGAGCUCACUAAUUGCUGGCAGAACUCGGAAUCUCUGCUUCAUAUUAACUUGGGAAACAAUAAUCUGACAGGAAAGAUACCCCCAUCAAUGGGGUUGUUAUCUAAUCUCACCACACUGCAUCUGCAUCAUAACAACUUAUACGGAGAGAUACCUCUCUCGCUGCAAAAUUGUCGUUCUCUAUUGAUCUUUAAUGUUCGUCAAAACAACUUUUCAGGAAAUAUAUCAAACUGGAUACCGGAGAGUGCAGUGGCUCUCCAAUUGAGGUCCAAUCAAUUCAGUGGUAAUAUUCCACCACAUAUAUGCCAAAUGUCUUCCCUCAUUAUUUUGGAUUUUGCAGAUAACAGAAUCUCAGGGCACAUACCCAACUGCCUGGAUAAUAUCACUGCCUUAAUUUACAGCAAUGCUUCUGAUAGUAAGCUUACUUUUUACUCUCGUUAUGGUGGUGCCUAUUUCUACGUGGGAGACAGUCUCGAGCUGGUUACAAAAGGUCUUUUAUCACAAUAUGGAGCAAAUCUGCACUUUAUGACCUUAAUUGAUCUUUCAAAUAAUGAUCUGUCUGGAACAAUACCUCCACAAAUGUUUAGCCUCAUUGGAUUGCACUCCUUGAACUUGUCCCACAAUAAGUUAAUGGGAGGCAUACCAAAUGAGAUUGGCAACAUGUAUAACUUGGGAGUCCCUUGA